GGUUAUAGUAAUUUCGCGCCACCUGCUAGAUAUUCUCAGCGUUUCGUUGGUCUUGCCACAGCUGCAGCUGUUGUGUUACGCGCCGCAUUGGCGGAUAUAUUGUCUUCUUCGUCAUCUCCCUGCAUUGCCUUCUUCCUCUGCCUUCAUCCUCUGUUCUUUCUUUCUUUCUUUAUUUUGUUGAUACCCGCAAAAUUCGAUAUCCAACAAGCCCUCUUGUUUUUUUUGUUGCCAGGCUGCGCCGGUGCUAGCUUAGGAAUCUACGAAAUCUCUCCACACCUGUAGGGCAGACUUCAAAGUCUACAUAGGUCCUCGCUUCACGAUCCAAAGAUCAACAGCCUUUCUCUCAACUCAUCAUGUCUUAUGUCGAUCAACCGACCUCCCCUGGCGCAGUUAUGGGGAGGAGACUCACGAACAGGAAUACAAAUCGCUAUAGUGUUACCGCCCUUUUCAGUAUGGCCGCAGAGCAGGAUGUUGAAGUGGAGGAUGACCUUGCUCGAGCACAAAAACGCCUUCGUGACCUCAAGGGCAAAAUAUCCGCUCAGUCCAAGAAAAAUUUUGUGCUCGAGCGUGACGUUCGUUACCUUGACUCUCGCAUCGCUCUCCUUAUUCAGAAUCGUAUGGCCGCCGAUGAGCAACGUGAAGUGGAACGGACACUGGAAGAAGUCGAUCCAACCGAAGGCCAUUACCCUGAUGAUCGAAAAUUACAACAGUACUCGAACCUAUUCUUCCUUCUCCAGUCUGAACCCCGUCAUAUUGCUGCACUAUGUCGACUUGUCAGCUUAUCAGAGAUCGACACACUCUUGCAGACGGUCAUGUUCACGCUGUAUGGAAACCAAUACGAGAGUCGCGAAGAGCAUCUCCUUUUAACGAUGUUCCAAUCAGUCUUGUCCGCGCAGUUUGAGACAGCAACCGAGUUUGGGUCGCUACUGCGUGCUAACACUCCUGUGUCCCGAAUGAUGACUACUUACACCCGACGAGGUCCUGGGCAAAGUUAUCUCAAGGGGGUGCUGGCAGAACGCAUCAACAGCUUGAUAGAACACAAAGACUUGAACCUUGAAAUUAAUCCUGUAAAGGUGUACGAGCAAAUGAUAAACCAAAUAGAAGAAGAAACAGGUACACUACCGCCCAACCUACCUCGCGGAGUACCCCCAGAGGUCGCCGCCGAGAACGCCGACGUUCAAGCCAUCAUUGCACCACGGCUUACUAUGCUAAUGGAAAUCGCGAAUAGUUUCCUCGUAACCAUAAUAGAAAGUAUGGAAAGUGUGCCGUAUGGUAUUCGAUGGAUCUGCAAGCAGAUCCGCAGUUUGACCCGGCGAAAGUAUCCCGAGGCAACUGAUUACGCUAUUUGCUCAUUGAUAGGAGGCUUCUUCUUUCUGCGGUUCAUCAAUCCUGCUAUUGUCACUCCCCAAGCAUACAUGCUCGUUGAAGGCGUCCCCGCUAAACACCCUCGCCGAACACUGACCCUGAUUGCGAAGAUGCUGCAGAACCUUGCAAAUAAGCCCUCGUAUGCGAAGGAGAUCUACAUGAUCACACUGAAUCCCUUUGUAGAAAAUAAUAAAGCACGGAUCAACCAAUUCCUCAACAGUCUUUGCGAGGUCGGAGAUUUCUAUGACACUCUUGAAAUGGACCAAUACAUGGCUCUAUCCAAGAAAGACCUCAUGAUCCACAUCACCAUGAACGAGCUGUACAACACUCACUCUUUGAUUUUACAGCAUGUGGAAACUCUCUCCCCAAACGACAAGCAGCAUUUACGUAUCUUGACUGAUGAACUCGGACCCGCUCCGUCACAAGUUCCGCGAAAGGAGAACCGUGCCAUAGAGCUGAAUCUGUACAGCCGCUGGGAAACGCCUGUACAGGAUAUCCAAAGUGCUCUGAUGGACUCGGUAUCAACGAGCGACAUGCUGUACAUGGAAACCAAGUCUAUUCUUGUACAGCUCAUACGUUCCAUACCCCACGCUGCCGAGAAGCGGCCGUACAAUUUGGCUGCGAUCGCUGAACGGGCGGCUACGACGAAGGAUGCAACGCUUGUGCGCAAAGGCAUUAAGGUCAAGGAGAUGCUUCGUGAAUUGGAGGAGCAAAAUAUCAUCGAGGCGGUAGAUGGCUAUAAGCUCAUGCAAGACGAGGUUGCUGCUGAGCUCGCUCACCUUGGUAAUCUACGGGAGAAGGUGGUAUUAGAAACGAAGUCGUUGGAAGCGGUCUACAAAACGAUCUGCGACCACAAUGCUUACCUGCGCUCUCAGCUUGAGCAAUACAAGGCGUAUCUCCAGAACGUCCGUCUGACUGCGUCGAAAGACAAAGGCAGUACGACUGGAGUGGGUGUCGUCACGGUCGGAGGCAAAGAGAGGAAGCCAUCGAAAUCGGCGGUUCUUGGUCCGUAUCGCUUUACUCAUGCGCAACUUGAGAAGGAAGGGAUCAUCGUGGAGAGUAAUGUUCCUGAUAACCGUCGACCCAACAUCUACUUCAACAUAACAUCACCUACGCCUGGGACGUUCAUCAUUUCCUUGCACUACAAGGGUCGGGAAAAAGCCAUUCUUGAGAUGGAUCUAAAGAUCGACGACCUAUUGGAGAAGCAAAAAGACAACAAGCACUUACUAGAUCUAGAGUACGUUCAGCUGAACGUACCGAAGGUCCUAGCGCUACUGAAAAAAGUGUUUGCCAAACGGUGACAUGAUCCUAUUCUACCUAUCUUUAAGACAUUCAUCUUUAUAUGUUCUAUUCAUUCUUGUGAUACCACUGUGACGCUCAUUACCUCUAGUCUCUUUUACUCUAUGGCCUCCUCCUGUCACUCUUCAAUUUCUUUCGGAUGUAGAUGUAUUACUCUGUAGUUAUGUGUAUGUCUGAAUAACUGUUUUUCUACUCUAAA